UGCUGCUGGCGCUGAGGAGCGCCUUUCCUCCCCGUCCCGGGGGCUCCAAAAUAGAGCUGGCAGUGGGGGGAGCCUGGGACCUGCCCCUCUGGAGAAUGUGGGGGGAGCGCCGCGUCCCCGGCCAGGCGCUUUCCAGAAAAGUAUAAAGGAGGAGCCGAAACCCAGGAAGAGAGGAAUCGGCACCAAGGAAGGAGCAGAGAAGAUCGACACCGGAGCAUCCCUACCAGCCAACAUGAAGACGCUAAUGCUGGUGAGCUUCCUGGCCGUGGCCACGCUCCUCUGCCUCGGCGGCGCAGAUGACUCGGCUCGCUCCGACGACGCCCGAAGCUCUGAAGCUUUCCUCUCUCGGCGCGAGAGUGCGGCAUUGGUGAAGCGAGAUAAGAAAGACUACGGCAGGCUCUACAACAUCGUGGCCGCCCCGGUCGCGACCCCCGACCCCCUUGAACCCUAUCGAGAGAUUUGUGAACUCAGUCCUGGCUGUGACGAACUGGCGGACCAGAUUGGCUUCAAAGAAGCUUAUAGAAGAUACUACGGGCCCAUCUAGGCUUCCGAGUGCGAAAGCCGCCCUGAGACAGCCAAGCCCAAAUGCACGGACCAGAAUGAACGUUUAGAUUUUCAUUGUACUGUACAGCAGGACCUCCUAUCCGCAGGAUCAGCAUCCACGGAUUCCCAGUAUCCACGGAUUUACUUAUCCGCUGGUUGAAAAUACUACCCCCUCCCCUGAUACACCUAUUUAUAUGCAUUUCCAAGAUGUAUUUAGCAGAACUAGAGGGAGGCAGAAAUCAUGUAUAGCAUUCACCAUUCCCACAUUUUUCAGCACCUGCGGGGCGGGGGGGCUUGGAACCGAUCCCCCUCCGGAUACCAGGGUCACUACGGUACCAUAUUUUUCCUUUCCUCCUCCCGGUUAAGCUCCAAAGCGACCCAGUUUCUUAGUACAACCUCUGCUUAGCUUCUGUUUGGCUUCUCCCUGCCUCUGUAAAAUGCUUGCUCAAUGUUGGUGUUUAUAUAUAUAUAAUAAAACCUGUUUUCUA